AGAAUCACCCAAAAUCGCGGGAAACGCGUCCUGUUUCUCCUUAGAGGUCCGUAAGAUUCAGUUACAAUUUCUGAAUAUUAAUAGAGAAAAUUGUUUAUACAAAAUUAAAUUUAUUCUUGUAGAAGUUUACAUAAAUUAUGUGUUGAUUUCUAUACAUUGAAUAACGGUACGCAUUGUUUCUCUAAGAAAUAAAGUAACCCUUGAAAAUCGGCCAUCGCGGCUAUUUUCAGCGAUAAUGGAAAUUGUUUUCAAUGCGUGAGCCUUUUAUACAAAAAUAUUGAAAUUUAUAUUGCGUUAACUGCUGAAGAAGUGUAUAAAGUUUUAUAAUAUUGAAUUACUGUCUUCCUUGAUAAACGAUGAUGGUAAAUUAGUUGACAAACUAUGAGCACUAUCAACAGAGUGGAUAACGAGGUGGGCAUAAUUGUUGAAUCAAGAUUCGAUGAAUUCGACAGAAGUUUGGACAUCACGAGCAACGAUUUUGAAAAUGAUAAGAAGGACUUGAGUGUUAAUUCUAAUAAAACUUUGCCUGGUAGAAGUCGUUACGGCAGAACAAUAAAACCCAAGUCUCCUAAGAAUGAGGUUGCCAGUUCUCCAAAGAAUUCUAAGCUGCAAAAGACUCAAAAAUACCAGAACUUGUCUGACAGCAGCAAUGAAAGUACAGAUGAAAAUAACAUGACCAACGAUAUGGAUGAUACAAGCGAUUCUUCUACUAAUUUAAGUACAAUGGAGGAAAAUACUCCAAAAUUGGUCAGUUCAUCUGUGCAGUGCAAUUGGGUAUUAGGUCAGUUAGCAUGGGCCAGAGUUGGGAAUUUUCCUUUUUGGCCUUGCGUAAUAACGCUUGAUCCAGUUUCAAUGAUAUAUAAUAGGUUGAAAGCUACUGCCAGAUCACAGGUACUAAUGGUACAUGUUCAAUAUUUUGGUGAUAAAGGGCGUCACAGUUGGGUUUCCUCAAAUUCUAUGAUUCCGUUUACAAAUCUAGCGGACUUUAAAAAAUUAUCGGAAUCAAUAACUGCAGAAGUUAAAAAAAGGGAUGCAAAAUAUGCUGCUGCUUUCAUUGUAAAGCCUGGGAUAAAAUCAAAAUGGGAGAGCGCAGUUGAAGAAGCUAUGGAAGUUCACUCUAUGAGUAAUCAAGACAGAGCCAACAUUUUUAAACCAAAAGAGAAUGUCACAAAAAAUAGGUCACCAAAAGCAUUAGAUGAAAAAGAUAAAGUUAACAAAAGGAAACACUCGAGUGACUCGAGCGGACCCGAUAUUAAACGCUCUAAAGAGGACAAUACGUACGAUUUAGAUAAAUCGCAAUAUAAAACAGAUGGAACAAAAUCAAAAGUACUGAAAUACAUGGAGAAUGGUAAAAGUAAUUCGAGGCUCAAUUCCGAUACUCCUCCAUUAUCUCCUUUAAGUCAAAGAGAUUCGAACGAUGAGGUUUCUAUUAUGCAAAAGGUUGAAUUUAAAACCGAAGAAGUAGAUGGUGUUUUUGAAGUUUACUACGAACGAAACAGGGAUAUGUUAGAAGAUGAAUAUCCGGAUGCGUCGGAGCACGAUAUUAAAAGGUAUUUACGGAAAACUUGGGAUACUAUGAAUUCUUCUUUUCGCAAAAAAUACCGAUCAUAUGUAACGUCAGAUGCUACCGAUACUCACAUAAAAGAAAAUUCAUCAGAUCACGAAGAAGAUUUAUUAAUAGAUAUAGAUAUAAAUAUCAAGGAUAAUAAGAAAUCAAGAAUUAAAGCUGAAAAGGAAGAGAUAUGUGUUACGGAAACGAAAAGGAGUAGACCUUAUAAUCUUUUUAAAGGAAUGAAACAAGAAAAAGUUUGUCAAAUUUGUGAGAAAACUGGAAAGUUAACCAGAUGCAAAGGUCCUUGUUAUUCGUAUUUUCACCUUUCUUGUGUAAAACCAGGCGAGUCCAGUCCAGAACAUUCCAUCGAUGAAAACACAAUGGAAGAUAAAAUUCUUAACGAUAUAAAAGAGAUCAAAGGAGAUAAUAUCGACGAGGACGAGACUAGUGGCAAAACAGAAGAACAAGAAGACGAGUUAUUUAAAUGUAUCGAUUGUUUGUCAGGUGUAGCUCCUGCUUGUUUUAUAUGUAACGAAAGGGAAGGGGACAGAAUUAGAUGCUCUGUAUUAGCCUGUGGAAAGCAUUAUCAUUCGUCUUGUUUAAAAUCAUGGCCACAAUCUCAUUGGCAGGGUGGUCGUUUAACUUGCCCGUAUCAUGUCUGCCACACGUGCAGUUCGGACAAUCCUCAAGACAGUCAUCCAAGAGCUUCGAAUGAAAAGUCGGCUCGAUGCGUUCGUUGUCCUUCAUCUUAUCAUACAUCCACGUCUUGUUUGCCUGCUGGUUCAGUGAUUUUAACCGGUAGUCAAAUAGUAUGCCCGAAGCAUUACAAACCAUCGCAACCUCCAGUAAAUGCAGCCUGGUGUUUUUUAUGUACCAGAGGAGGAAGUCUUAUCUGUUGCGAUACAUGCCCAACGUCUUUUCAUCUCGAAUGUCUAGGAAUUGAUGCACCCGAUGGCGCAUUUAUUUGUGAAGAUUGUGAAACGGGCAGAUUGCCUUUGUACGGGGAAGUAGUAUGGGUUAAACUUGGAAAUUAUCGCUGGUGGCCAUCCCGUAUUUGUUAUCCUCAUGAAAUUCCUGAAAACAUAGAAGCACUUCCUCACAGUCCUGGUAAAUUUUGUGUAAUGUUUUUGGGAUCAAAUAAUUAUUAUUGGAUUCAUAGAGGUCGUGCUUUCCUUUACCAAGACGGUGAUGCAAAUAUAAAACCGUCGAUAGGCAAAAAAAAUAAUAGAGACGAUACUUAUCGGAAAGCACUAGAAGAAGCCAAUCAAGUUCAUCAGCGCUUAAAAAUUGAAAGAGCUGCUGCCAAAGAUCAUGGACCACGAGGGCUAAAACCUCCACCUUACGUUAAGUUAAAAGUAAACAAACCCGUUGGUAAUGUAAAACCGGCCGAAGUUGAAAGCAUCGUCGCGUGUGAUUGCGAUGCAGAAUGGGAUAAUCCAUGCGCACCGGGAACAGAUUGUCUCAAUCGGAUAUUGUUAGUUGAAUGUAGCCCUGGUAUUUGUCCAGCCGGUCCUAAAUGUAAUAAUCAGGCAUUUGUACGAAGACAGUAUCCAGCUAUGGAACCAUUUCAUACCGUAGGACGGGGUUGGGGUCUUAGAAGUUUAGAACCUAUUAAAACUGGACAGUUUGUUAUCGAAUAUGUAGGUGAAGUUAUAGACGAAGCUGAAUACAAACGAAGAUUACAUAGGAAAAAAGAAUUAAAAAAUGAGAAUUUUUAUUUUUUAACCAUAGAUAAUAAUAGAAUGAUCGAUGCUGAACCAAAGGGGAAUUUAAGCCGAUUUAUGAAUCACUCGUGUUCACCAAACUGCGAGACACAAAAAUGGACAGUAAAUGGGGACACGCGUAUAGGUCUGUUUGCAUUAUGCGAUAUUGAACCUGGUGAAGAAUUAACUUUCAAUUAUAAUUUAGCUUGUGACGGAGAAACUCGAAAACCAUGUUUGUGUGGUGCAACAAAUUGUAGCGGAUUUAUAGGUUUAAAAGUUCAGAAACCGCAGGUAACUACACCAUCGAUUCAGCAAAAGAAAUUUGAGAAAAUCGACAAAAUAAAACGUCAGAAGUGGUCGAGGAAACAAGUACUACUGUGUUGGUGUUGUGGACAAGAAAUUGAGAAAAAGGAAGAUUCAGUAGUUUGUGAUCAGAAAACAUGCAAUAAAAGAUAUCAUAAAACGUGCAUUGAUAUUGACGACACAGAUUCAAGGUUUAGUUGUCCUUGGCAUCAUUGUACAGAGUGUGGUCGUAGAACAUCUGCCCAUUGUUCGUUUUGCAGUGUUGCUUUCUGCCAAGUACAUUUGGAUGGACAUCUAUUCGAAUAUGGUGAAAAAGGUGGUUUCGUUUGUGAACUACAUGAAAACAUGGACAUUCAAAGAUCAGCUGUCGAAGAUGAAAAAGAUUAUUCGGAUAAUGAUAUUGAAACAGAUAAAGAAUAUUCUUCUACAGACUCUAAUAGUCCACUGAUAAUAACAGAAAAGUCAAUGCCACGUGAACCAUCGCCAAGAGUUUCCAUAGUAGAGGUUCAUCCAAGCAGCGAAGAAAGCGAAGAAUCUCAAAAAGAGGAUGAAGAAGAAACAAUGCAGUAUGCCGAUUUUAAACUGUGCGAAUACAGUUCAAAAAGUAUGAAGAGAAAAACAUUACACCGAUUAUCUCUGAGGUUGAAAAAAGAAGAUCAGGUAGAAGAAUUAAAUAAUCUUACAUCUAGUCAGCUGGAGGCCAUAAUCGGUGGCAGUCUAUUUGAAUGAACAAUUUAUCUUCAUUGAUUAAGCUUGAAAUAAAAAACAUACUUUAAUGUGCAUAGCUUUGAAUUUUCACACAAUUUCACAUAAUAAAUAAUAAAUUGUUUAAUGAUAAAUGAAAAAUGGUGAUGAACACCAGAUAAUAAUAUUUGCAACGAUAUACAUUAUUUGCAAAUUGUUCAUUCCAUGUCAAAGGGAUCAGUUGAAUAACGAAUUUUAAUAAAUUUCAACUAUAGCGCCAAGAGAAUACAACUUGUUUUUAAUCUAAGAAAACUAUAUUCUGUAUCCCUAUCUUAUGUAUGUACAAUGGGAUUUGUAUAUAUUGUUUUUCCAAUUCAA